GCAACUAAACAAGAAAUAAAAGCUUUCCUCCUCUGUUCCAAUCUAUUCUCCUCUUUUUCAAAGUGUCCUACUGAACUUCUCCUUCCAAGCUCUAGCUCCUAAAACUCGAGUUCUAAACACAUUGUCUAAAGCUUCUGCACCAAAUUCUAAUAGUAGUUCAAAGCCACAAAUUCUAACAAUGUUAGACUUGAAAAUACAGUAUGAACUUAGGGAAAAGGUUUUCUUAUAAUCAUAUAUAUGGUCUUUGAUUGUAUUGUCAAAGAAAGGUUUUCAGGAAAAGGUUUGCUUUGUCUCAAAAAUGAACUAGAAUGAGUUCCAGUUUGUUUAAUAAUUGUUCAGAUCAUUUUUCCAACCAAAUCCUAUAUUGAUAGUCUGAAAGCAAAGGCCAUAACUUGCAAAAAGUCCUCUUCUUUUCUUCCAACUUGGAACUAAACAAAACCUACUGUCAACUCUCAUCAAGUCAUCAACUGCAUAUAUUAAGGCAUGUUGUCAUUUUAUAGUCGGAUUUUCUUGGACUUUGUUUACCAGUCUAUUUUUGCAUUUAUUUUUCUCAAUCAAGGACCAUGUCGUCUUUCUGGUUACCUUUUCUUCCCUCCAGGGCAAUCAAUAUCAUUAAGCUACAGAAACCUGAAGUCCUCACUAGGUUAACCAUGAAUUUUACCAAUAAAUGGUUUAUCACAGUUGCGUGCCUUGUCUUCCUCCUUCAACCAAGUUGUUCCACUUCCUUUGAAUUUGAUUCCAUUACUCAAAAUCAACCCAUCAAAGACGGUGACGUUUUGGUCUCUUUCAAAAGAAAGUUUGCACUAGGGUUUUUCAGCCCCGGAAAAUCCCUAAACCGUUACGUUGGAGUAUGGUAUUACCAAGUUCCAAACCAAACCAUCGUCUGGGUUGCAAACAGAGACAACCCUAUUCCAGUCAAUGACACCUCCGGUCUCCUAGCAAUUCACGGAAAUGGAAGCCUGGUAAUAUACGGUAAGGACCGAAAUACCCCUCUUUGGUCAGCUAAUGUUAGUCUCUCUUCGCCAAACAGUUCCAUUGCCAAGCUUUUGGAUACUGGUAACCUUGUUUUGCUUGAGAAUGGGGAUAGUCAAAGGGUGGUGUGGCAAGGCUUUGAUUAUCCUUCAAAUACUAUGCUUUCAUGUAUGAAACUAGGGUUCAACAGGCAGUCUGGGCUGGAUCGGUUCUUAACAUCUUGGAAGUCUCAAGAUGACCCGGGUACCGGGAGCUGUGUAUACCGAUUUGACUCAAGUGGACUUCCGCAGCUGAUUUUGUACAAGGAUGGAGCUAUAUUGUGGUGAGCUGGAUCUUGGACCGGAAAGGGAUUGAGCGGUAUUCCUGAUAGGGAAACCAAAUUGAUCUUCAAUGUUAGUUUUGUGGACAAUGAAAAUGAGAUAUCCAUUGUGUAUGUUGUUACUGAUGAUUCAGUCUUCUCGAGAACAGUCCUUGAUAUGCAUGGCAACGUGCAGGUAUA